UUCUUCUCCUUAUCCUUUCCAAGUCGGAAUGAUGACCACCUCCAGCAUUACUAAUUGUCUCCAUUCGGCGCAAAUAUUUCCUUGGCAUUUCUGCUGUCGAGUUUUGAUUCUGUGCAAUGAAGCAUGUUGCCACGGAGGAACGUCGCCUCAACACAGAGAGAGGAGGUUGAGGUACAUUGCCUACUGGCAAAAAAACCAAGAAGGAAAAAACACAAAAAAAUUGUUAAAAAUUUUGUUAGGCACGCAGAAAACAGCAAAUUUUGUAAGCUUUCAAAACCCCUCCUGUUUCUUCGUUUUUUGUCGCUUAUUUGAUUUUAGGGAAAACCGAAAACAGCAAAAAAUGUUAAUUUUUGUUAGUGUUAAAAUCUGA